CUGAGGUUUACAGAGGGCAGACGGUCUGCUUCACAUGAAAUAGAAUAUUUCGAUAUGAAACAUUGAAUGCUUUACAGCAAGUGCCGGAAAGAUGUCUUGCGCACAUUGACGUUUUCCCUCCAUUUUUGUUGCGGGAUGACCUCUCAGGUGCUGCGUGCGUCUCAGUCCACAUCAGGACUGGAGCAGCUCGCGAUGAUUGCGUUUGCAUGUCCGAUGAAAUGCCACCCCUAAGUGGUCUCUCCUCUCUUCCUCGGAUUCGCUUUUCCUCGGCAGGUCGCGCCGCCUUGCUUUGUGUUGCCUCUCAUUGAAUGGCUGGCAUGACUUGUGCCCCCGGUACCGUGAAGAUACGAAAGCAGGAGGAAAACCGCUCGUUUGGCGUUCACUCGUCCUCUCACCCUGUCAGUACAUUCAAACGCCGUCAUUAGACUGUCAAUCUCUGAAAAUAUCUACAGAUGAAACAAUGGGAAGAUCUCCUGGGUAUCGACAUACAGGAUGUUUCCUGUUUGUGAAUUUAUUUAAUCGUUGACAUGGGGAAGAGUUUGACUGAGUCACGGGGAGAUUUGAUCGCAUUGUGAAAGAGAGAGAGAUAGUCUCUGGAGGGCGAAGACAUGGUCAUCACUGAUAGAAGCACCCCUGUACCUAAAAAGGAGCCCCAGAAGAAGACCAGAGGAAAGACCCGCCCUCAUGGCCUGCCCUCUCCAGCCCUCUGCUGUGCCUGUGGCCUCUGCAUCAUGCUGGCCGGACUCAACAUCACCCUGGUGGGGGCGUUCGCCUUCAGCACCCUUGUGCCUUCUGCCAACCCCCCUAUUAUCAUUGGACCCAUUCUGCUGCUGGUGGCCUUCUCCUUUUUUGGAGCAUGUUGUGUUUGCAGUCGCCUCCCCCCACCCCACAACUCACGGAGGUCUAAGGUGGGAGGCCGGGGCACAGGGCUGAUGGGAAGAGGUGGACUGGCAGGAGGGGCGGCAUUUGAAAUAGAAACCAGCGAGCACACGCUGCAGGACACCACAGCUGUGCAGCUCAGCCCCACCUCUUCCCCUGGAUCCUCGCAGGCGUCUAGUCCAGAAAAAGAGGCUCCAGAUGAGGCCCUACCAGGACCCUGCAAGCUGUUCACCAUGGAGACCAACGGCCCUUCUUCUUCUGUUUCUGCUACUGCAGUUUACUCGACCUCGCUGGCAGCAGGAGGAGGGGAGGUGAGGCUUAACCUGCCACGCGAAGAAGUGGUCACUUAGCAUUACACAGACUCUUCCAAGGCCCGAGCACUAACAGUGUGCAUAUUCUUCUGGAUCGAGAGCUUGCUAAGUUUGAUUGUGUCCUCUAGUUUUUGUAGUGCCAUAUAUCCGGUUGUGAAAAUGUCUGCUUUUAUUUCCCUGUCGUGCAGCCAACUGGUUAUUAGCAUGCAAUGUUUAUGAAACAUCCAAGUAUUUGUGGAUCAUAGGUUUUGGAAUUCAAAUUCCUACCUCUCUCGUGCUGUUCUCCUCCGAGUCUUUGUUUUUAACUUAGGGCAUUACGGACAGAACUCGUGUACAGAAACGUUUAUAUUUCACUGUCUCUCCAGUUUGUGGAAACCUCAACUGUCAGCAGUGAUCUCAAGAGGGCUCGUCCGAAACUAAUUAUUGUUGAUUUGUUCCUAGAACUCAAAGAUGGAUGUAAAAGGUCAACAGUGAAAACCUGAGUUGAGCGGUACAGUUAUGUUUUUAGUGAUAUUUGGAUUUUGUGUGACAUGCACCGUGCUGAACUUGUUUUGGGGGCUUAAAUAUCACAGGUCACAGGGGUCCCAAAGCAAAUUUUCUUCACCUGAGAUUACCUUUUUGGCAUUUACAGUUUUUUGCACCAGUGAUUACACAAGUAUUAGUAGACUAGACAGCUAUUAGAUUGAAAAUGAACAGUCUUGUUCAAAGUGCAGUGUUACCAUAAAUGUUACUGUGUACAAUGUUUGAGGGAGCGUUAUUUCUGUAUUUUAACACAUUUUGUCAUCACACAAACAUUUAACACAGUUUCUUUAUGAAGUUUCUUACCAAAUUCUUGACAAGGUAUUUUAAAAGUUUGUCCCAACUCAAACCACGUUUUUUUAUUUUACUUUGGCACCAAACAAAUCUGCCAGCUCAUGAUUUUGUUGCUUUGGCAGUUGCAUGCAGGGGCGCUGCUUUCCAACAGGCAAGGCAGGAAACUGCUUGGGGCCCCAGGCCAGUAAGGGGCCCCCGAGGUCUGUCAAACUUCAGAACCCAGCAGUGGCUUAAAAUGUGCACAUUUUUCAAUGACAUUACGAAACCUCCCCAAGAGGGCCCCAUAUGACAGCAGUCAAUCUCAUUGCUCUGCUUAGCAUUGCAUGCAUUAGCCCUGUGAAAACCUAAGUUAGUCAAAGUCACAGAAGAAAAUUUAAAUGAGUUAUCCAUCUGGGAGUUCAAAAAAGAGGAUGACAAUCAUGACUUAAGUUUCUGACACACCAAAAGGGACAGAAAAGUGCCCCCUCCAAAUGCUCAUAAUAGUUACUAUUAUUUAUAACAUACAGGUGAUGAACGCUGGUUGGAGGGCCCCCUGUACGUUUUUGCUUUGGGCCCCAACAGACUCUAGAAUUAGCACUGGUUGCAUGUGGUGAUGGCUGCUACAAUGUGAAAAAAGACUGGAUUUGCUACCACAUCAAAACUAAAGAAACUUGAUUGUAGUUUAUUAAAUGUACAAAUGGUUGGAGUUGCUAAUGCUUAAAAGCUGUUUCUGGUUGAUAAAAAGCCAUAUUAACUGGAUGUUGGAACUAGCUUCCUAGCCUAGCAGCUUGGUGCCAUGAAUAUUUUGAUGCUGUUUCUCCGUAGUGUCCUGAUUCACUUUGGUCCGAGCUUCUAAAUGAAGCCCAUUGGAAACUGAGAAUGGACAGAAGGGUUUCAGAGGUUCCCAAUAAAUGUCAGGCUAAGUUUUGGGGUCAUGUUCAUCUGGAUAUUAUCAGAAAUUCAUACAAACUGUAAUGCAGUGUAGGUCCAGAUAGACUAUAGGGACUUACUUCACUGCUUCACUAUCAUCAAGAAUUUCAAUUUACGUAUGAGAGAGAAUGUUUUACAAAUUUUAACUUCUGAAUUCUCGUUAAAGUGUUUUAUGACAAACUUUAUGUUCAGCCGAGAUGAAUCUACACUAGACAUAGUAUACACAAUAUGGAAAAGCCAAGAAGUGCGACAGAGUUUAGAUAUUCAGAUUGCAUAAAACUACCUGUUCCCCAUCACUGUGAUGUCACUCUGUCAGUCAUGAACUUGACUGGUCAACGGACAUAAUCAAACCCAGAUUUCCUUUGGAAGGAAAAAUGCCUUAGACUGAGAUAUCAGGAUCAAACUAAUGAGGGCUAUAAUUAAAGUGCACAACUGCAUUUUUCUUCAGAAAGCAUUUGUUUGGCUCUGGAUUUCUACUCCAUUUGUCAGGAAAACAUAACCAAGUUUCUGUUUUUUUUUAAUGUAACAAAUGCAUGCAGAUGGUUUAAAUGUUCAAUCUCAGAAACUAUUAUGGACUUGCGUUGAAGGUGAACACCUGCAUACACCGCCCAGUGACCAGAUCAUUAUAUAGUACAUACUUGUGUUAUGUGUGACUCAGCUCCUCAAAGGGACCAGAUUCCAUGUUGAAGCUCUCUCAUGCCAAAGAGAGAGAAAGCUGAGUUAUUUUAUUUGCAUGUUCAGAAUCAUGGAAAUGCAAAACAUCCUGUUGUGAAGUGUAGUUGAUAUCUGUGUAUUUUGAUUUGGUGUAGCACUUAUUCAAAAGAAAUCUAGAAAAUAUAACGAUCAAAUAUUUUUGUGAAGAUUAUAAUUUGUUUAUUUUGAAAGUAACCAAAAUGUGAAUCCUUCAGAAGACAUGAAUAAAAAAAAAUGCUCCUUCACUA